UUUUCAUCCAACAUCAACCUGCACACAGCCCAGCAGAAACAAAACAAGAGGACAAGUGGAAAUCUGAGUUUUUACCCAAACUUCUAGCCUAGUUAGUCAAACUUCUAAUGCCUAUUUAGAGGAGGCAAAAACAUUUAAAAACUGACAGAAGCUGCAACAAAGAAAGCACCUUUUAACACAAAGUCCUGUAGUGGUGGUUCAUCCGGACAGCUGACCUCCAACCUGAAGUCAAGCCUGAAGCUGUUCGCUGCUACAGACAGAAAAACACUUCACAAGCAGGAUGUCUGAGCUUCCCGUUAUUUCCCGUAUGUCCUUCCUGCUGCUUUGCAUUCUGGGUAUGACCUUGGUGACAUCUGGCUUCCCUCAGCCUCGACUACCUGUCAGAAGUCCUGAUGAUUCAGAGGAAGCUAAACGGGACGACUGGGAUGUCCUCUUCCCUUCUAUUUCGCUCCGUGAUUGGAGCAUCCAUAUGAUGUCAGCACCCAGCCUCAGAGCAGCAGCCAAUAGCAAGGCCGGACUGCUGAGGGAGGCGUGGCUCUUUGACCCGGAGAGGGCCAAGGAAAGCGUGGAGGGGCCGUGGCCGUCUCAAUGGUCGUCUCAGGGAGCCAGGCUGGUGAAGAGGAAUAUGGUGGUGGCUGAUGACGCCGCCUUCAGAGAGAAAAGUAAACUCCUCACCUCCAUGGAGAGACAGAAGUGGCUCAACUCCUACAUGCAGAAACUCCUGGUGGUUAAUUCUUCGUGAUAAUUCAGUUGUUUUAACGUUUUUCAUCAGUUCUGACCAGCUCUCUCAACCCCGCUGGCAAAAAAAAGGGGGUUUUCAGCUGCUCAACAGUAAAACAGAAGAUAGUUCCGACAUUAAACGUUAUUAACUGUAUUUCUAUUUCCUGUAGUUUUAUUCCUUCACUGUAAGUUAUAGAUUUGCCAUCAGAUGGUUAGAUGAAUGAUACACAGAUUUUUGUUGAAAACUGAUGUGAGUUUAAGUGCUAAUUAUUUGGUGACAUUUGAUGAAUUAAUAAAGAUGCAAAUGAUGUUUUUGACUUCUGUAGCUUGUUUUUGACUUCAGACAACAGAAGUUGUAUUACAGUAGCUAGAUUUUAUAGUAUUAUUCUAACAACCCAAACUAUUCUAAUAAUGUAUCUGAUGUUCGUGUUUGUAUUAAUUGAAUAUAUGAAAGUCUGUAAAGGUCCAUAAACACAAUGGCAACAUAUUAUUCAUUACUGGAGACUUUAGGCUUUAAUAUGAAGUUAAAAAACGACACAAUAAAGUCGUGGUACAUACAUUACCAGUGAGGCAACCAUGUUCGUCCUCCUCCCCCUGUACAGCAUGAUGCCACAACCGUUGUGCACCAAUCAUCUGGAACACCCAGAUAAAUAUGUUCUAAAAAACAUUUUUUCUGAAUUAUACAGUUAAUUUGUCAAAAAUCUGCAGACGCUCCAAGGACACAUGCAUAUUUCAUUAUUUCUGCAAUGUAGAUAUGUAUAUGUACUGUUCCAUUUAUUAAAGUCAUUUAGCAAAUUUAAUG